AGCUGGCAAGCAGGAUUCGGUGUCUCUGGGUUCAGGAAUCAUCAGGCAGCAGAGAGGACUUGCUCCUCAGCCCCCAUCUCUGCCCCCACCCCUACCCCGGUAGGCCACCGAGUGAGGUCCAUGGACUGGGGAGGGCCGUGCCUGACGGCUUCUGUGUCUGUCCAUGAGGGCCUGGAGCCCUGACCCUCCUGUCUAGGUUUCUGCCUUUUCUCUCUGUCUUUGGCCCACUGGGGGAGGGGGUAGAGGCCGGGUGAGCAGCAUGGCCCAGAGCAAGAGGCAUAUGUACAGCCGGACGCCCAGUGGCAGCAGAAUGAGUGCCGAGGCAAGCGCCCGACCUUUGCGAGUGGGCUCCCGUGUAGAGGUGAUUGGAAAAGGCCAUCGAGGCACUGUGGCCUAUGUUGGAGCCACACUCUUUGCCACUGGCAAAUGGGUAGGCGUGAUCCUGGAUGAAGCAAAGGGCAAGAAUGAUGGAACUGUCCAAGGCAGGAAGUACUUCACUUGUGAUGAAGGGCAUGGUAUCUUUGUGCGCCAAUCCCAGAUCCAGGUAUUUGAAGAUGGAGCAGAUACUACUUCCCCAGAGACACCUGAUUCUUCUGCCUCAAAGGUCCUCAAAAGAGAGGGAACUGACUCAGCUGCGAAGACCAGCAAACUGCGGGGACUGAAGCCUAAGAAGGCACCGACAGCCCGAAAGACCACAACUCGGCGGCCCAAGCCCACCCGCCCAGCCAGUACUGGGGUGGCUGGGGCCAGUAGCUCUCUGGGCCCCUCUGGCUCAGCAUCAGCAGGUGAGCUGAGCAGCAGUGAGCCCAGCACCCCAGCUCAGACUCCCCUGGCAGCACCCAUCAUCCCCACACCGGCUCUCACCUCUCCUGGAGCAGCACCCCCAUUGCCUUCCCCCUCCAAGGAGGAGGAGGGGCUGAGGGCCCAGGUACGGGAUCUGGAGGAGAAACUGGAGACCCUGCGGUUGAAACGGGCAGAAGACAAGGCAAAGCUAAAAGAGCUGGAGAAACACAAGAUCCAGCUGGAGCAGGUGCAGGAAUGGAAGAGCAAAAUGCAGGAGCAGCAGGCGGACCUGCAACGACGCCUCAAGGAGGCGCGGAAGGAAGCCAAAGAGGCACUGGAGGCGAAGGAACGUUACAUGGAGGAGAUGGCUGACACUGCUGAUGCCAUCGAGAUGGCCACUCUGGACAAGGAGAUGGCUGAAGAGCGGGCUGAGUCCCUGCAGCAGGAGGUGGAGGCAUUGAAAGAACGUGUGGAUGAGCUCACCACUGACUUAGAGAUCCUCAAGGCUGAGAUUGAAGAGAAGGGCUCAGAUGGGGCAGCGUCCAGUUAUCAGCUCAAGCAGCUCGAGGAGCAGAAUGCCCGCCUAAAGGAUGCCCUGGUGAGGAUGCGGGAUCUUUCUUCCUCGGAGAAGCAGGAGCAUGUGAAACUCCAGAAGCUCAUGGAAAAGAAGAACCAAGAGCUGGAAGUUGUGAGGCAACAGCGGGAGCGUCUGCAGGAAGAGCUGAGCCAGGCGGAGAGCACCAUCGAUGAGCUCAAGGAGCAGGUGGAUGCUGCUCUGGGUGCUGAGGAGAUGGUGGAGAUGCUAACAGACCGGAACUUGAAUCUAGAAGAGAAAGUGCGAGAGUUGAGAGAGACCGUGGGGGACUUGGAAGCGAUGAAUGAGAUGAACGAUGAGCUGCAGGAGAAUGCGCGCGAGACAGAACUGGAGCUGCGGGAGCAGCUGGACAUGGCGGGCGCGAGGGUUCGGGAGGCCCAGAAGCGUGUAGAAGCAGCCCAGGAGACUGUUGCAGACUAUCAGCAAACCAUCAAGAAGUACCGCCAGCUGACCGCCCACCUUCAGGAUGUGAAUCGGGAACUGACAAACCAGCAAGAAGCAUCUGUGGAGAGGCAGCAGCAGCCACCCCCGGAGACUUUUGACUUUAAAAUCAAGUUUGCUGAGACUAAGGCUCAUGCCAAGGCAAUUGAGAUGGAAUUGAGGCAGAUGGAGGUGGCCCAGGCCAACCGUCACAUGUCCCUGCUUACAGCCUUCAUGCCAGACAGCUUCCUUCGGCCAGGUGGGGACCAUGACUGUGUCCUGGUGCUGCUGCUCAUGCCUCGUCUCAUUUGCAAGGCAGAGCUGAUCCGGAAGCAGGCCCAGGAGAAGUUUGAACUAAGCGAAAACUGUUCAGAGAGGCCUGGGCUCCGAGGAGCUGCAGGGGAGCAGCUCAGCUUUGCUGCCGGGCUGGUGUACUCACUGAGUCUAUUGCAGGCCACACUCCACCGCUAUGAGCACGCCCUCUCUCAGUGCAAUGUGGACGUGUAUAAGAAGGUUGGCAGCCUCUACCCUGAGAUGAGUGCCCACGAGCGCUCCUUGGAUUUCCUCAUUGAGCUGCUACACAAGGAUCAGCUGGAUGAGACUGUCAACGUAGAGCCUCUCACUAAGGCCAUCAAGUACUACCAGCAUCUGUACAGUAUCCAUCUUGCUGAACAGCCCGAGGACAGUACCAUGCAGCUGGCUGACCACAUUAAGUUCACCCAGAGUGCCCUUGACUGCAUGAGCGUAGAGGUGGGACGGCUGCGUGCCUUCUUGCAGGGUGGACAGGAGGCUUCAGAUAUUGCCCUCCUGCUCCGGGACCUGGAAACAUCAUGUAGUGACAUCCGCCAGUUCUGCAAGAAGAUCCGAAGGCGAAUGCCAGGGACAGAUGCUCCUGGGAUCCCAGCUGCACUGGCCUUUGGACCACAGGUGUCCGACACACUCCUAGACUGCAGGAAACACUUGACGUGGGUGGUGGCUGUGCUGCAGGAGGUGGCAGCUGCUGCCGCCCAGCUCAUUGCCCCACUGGCAGAGAACGAGGGACUGCCUGUGGCUGCCCUGGAGGAGCUGGCUUUCAAAGCAAGCGAGCAGAUCUACGGGACCCCCUCCAGCAGCCCCUAUGAGUGUCUGCGCCAGUCGAGCAACAUCCUCAUCAGUACCAUGAACAAACUGGCCACGGCCAUGCAGGAGGGAGAGUAUGAUGCAGAGCGGCCCCCCAGCAAGCCUCCCCCAGUUGAGCUGCGGGCUGCAGCCCUUCGUGCAGAGAUCACUGAUGCUGAAGGCCUGGGCUUGAAGCUUGAAGAUAGAGAGACAGUUAUCAAGGAGUUGAAGAAGUCACUCAAAAUCAAGGGGGAGGAACUAAGUGAGGCCAACGUGCGGCUAAGCCUCUUGGAGAAGAAGCUGGACAGUGCUGCCAAGGAUGCAGAUGAGCGCAUCGAGAAAGUCCAGACUCGCCUGGAGGAGACCCAGGCACUGCUGCGGAAGAAGGAGAAAGAGUUUGAGGAGACGAUGGAUGCACUCCAGGCUGACAUUGACCAGCUAGAGGCAGAGAAGGCAGAGCUAAAGCAGCGGCUGAACAGCCAGUCGAAGCGCACGAUUGAGGGGCUCCGGGGGCCCCCUCCCUCGGGUAUUGCUACCCUGGUCUCUGGCAUUGCUGGUGAAGAACAGCAGCGAGGAGGCACCCCCGGGCAGGCACCAGGGUCUGUUGCAGGCCCUGGGCUGGUGAAGGAUUCACCCCUGCUGCUGCAGCAGAUCUCUGCCAUGAGGCUGCAUAUCUCCCAGCUACAGCAUGAGAAUAGCAUCCUCAAGGGAGCCCAGAUGAAGGCGUCCUUAGCAGCCCUGCCCCCCCUGCAUGUGGCAAAGCUCUCACCCCACGAGGGCCCUGAUAGUGAGCUAACAGCUGGAGCGCUGUAUCGUAAGACCAGCCAGCUGUUGGAGACGUUGAAUCAACUGAGCACGCACACCCACGUAGUAGAUAUCACUCGUACCAGCCCUGCUGCCAAGAGCCCGUCGGCCCAGCUCCUGGAGCAGGUGGCUCAGCUCAAGUCCUUAAGUGACACCAUCGAGAAACUCAAGGAUGAGGUCCUUAAGGAGACCGUAUCUCAGCGCCCUGGAGCCACGGUCCCCACUGACUUUGCCACUUUCCCUUCAUCAGCCUUCCUCAGGGCCAAGGAGGAGCAGCAGGACGACACUGUCUACAUGGGCAAAGUGACCUUCUCGUGCGCAGCUGGCCUUGGACAGCGACACCGGCUGGUGCUGACCCAGGAGCAGCUGCACCAGCUUCAUGGUCGCCUCAUCUCCUAAGUGCUCCUUCUCCUCUCCCACACCCACCCCUUUCCCCAUCCACUUCUACCCUCAGCCCUCCUGGUGCCACUCUGCCUGAUGCACAGCCACCUCAGUUAGUCCCCAUUGUAGAACCGUGUGUGUACAGCUGUUCCUGCCCUACUCAGCUUCACUUCUGCCAGUCAGUGCCCUGCUCCUGCCCCUCACCUUGGGUUACCCUAUUUCCAUUCCCUGGCCUCUGCCAGAAUUUGCUGUUCAGCUGCUCCCUCCUUCCUGAGGGGCCUCAGGGCAUGUGGGGGGUAGGCUGAGACCCCACCACCAAAGGUUCAGUGAGGUCCCCCUGAUAGAGGACUUCACCCCUUGAUUAAAGCAACUUCUGCUUCAGUGCUUUCUGUGUGUUGUUGGGAGUGGGACUUGGGCCUUUCAGCUCGGAGUGGGAGUGGAGAAGAAGGGAUGCUGAGGAGGCUUUGGCUGUGCCAAAUUUGAGAGACCGAUAGAAUGUUCACGUGCAGUAAGUUACUGUGAACAAGGGGGAAAGGGCUGGACCAAGGGCUUGGCACCUAAGUUCAUCUUCAGUUAGGAGAGCUGGGACUUAGGCUCAGCUACCCAACCUCCAUGUGUCUCUCAACCAGUUCCUGUUGACGGCAGAGGGACCUUUCCAGAUGCAAACUGGACCAUGUUAUUCCUUGCUUUAAAUCCUGAAAUGAUUCUUCCAACUAAAAUGUAAAAUUUAGAUAAAACCCUGAAAUAGUUUCUCUAAGUAUCUAGAGUAUAAAAUUUGAAUUCACUAGAAUAGCACACCUACUAGAAUAGGCUGUCUAUGAUUUGGGUCCUGCCCACCUCUCCAUCCUCUUGUGGGUCUACUUGUCCACAUGUGCCUUGUGGGCUAGCCUUAGUGAAUCCCUACAGUUUCUUUGCCACCCUGUGCUCUCUCAGACUCCUUUCCACUGCUCAGAAUGCUAGCCCCCUCCUGCCCUCUGCUCCACCUCCCUGCCCCCAUCCCGCCUCAGCUGACAUCCUGUUCAUGUAUUAAGACCACUCUGACAUUGCCACCUUAGGGAAUCUCCAAUUCCUGUUGCUUGUUAGGUGCUCCUCUUCUGGACGGAGCAGAGAAUAUGAACCUUUUUUCCAGGUGUGCUUGGAUUCAGUUGUUUUGUUACUUGGCAAGGUUUCUAAUCUUAGUCUGUUUCUGAAUCACAGCAUGGAAAGAAUGAUACCUUACAGGGUUGCUGUGAAGGCUAAAUGAGAUAAUGCACAUGGGCUUCUAGCGCCGUGCCUGGUGCACGGCAGGCUUUCUUCUCUUCCCCAGCACACACACCUGCAACACUGCUUUAUGCCAGGAAGCCUCUCUUUCCAUUGUAAUCGUUAGUUAACCCAUCUGUCGCUCACUUUAGACAAACUGAGAGUUCCAACAAGAUGUCUUUUAUUUCUUCAUCCCCCCAAACACAAGAGAAGAGUACAUGUUUGGGGAAGAGAACUGUGAGUUUCAUUUUGAAAAUGAGUUUGAGGUGCUUGUGAGAAUGCCCGAGUGCAGAUGGCCAUUGGCAGUUGGAGCCAGCUGGGUCUGGAGCUUAGGGAAGUCUAGGUUGGAGAUACAGGUAGGGGAACGAGCUGUGUCAUUGGUGGUUGGAGAUUUGGAUGAGGUGUAGUGUCUUAGUUCAGGUUCCUCAGAAAAUUGAGCCGGAGGCAAAGCUGAAGUGCUAGUGCUUAAGGCAGCUGCGAUCUCCAAGCACUGAGAUGGAGGAAGAGGAUUGAGGGAAGCUAGGCAGGGAAGAAAAAGAAAUGAGGUAUGUUUUUAGGAGUUGGCCGCUGCUUCACAAAGACACAGCUAACCCCUUGCCUGUGUGUACCGUCUCUGGAUAGACUGUUGAGAAACACUGUGCCCAGCUGGAACAUUCCAUUGGGAUUGAUGGAAGGAUGGAGAGCAGAUUCACCUCCUCUUCCUCCUGUGUUCUUUUGUUGCUCCAAGUUUUCCCUCCCUCACUUGCGGGGAUUGCAUUACUUGGCCACCAGGAAAGCCGGAUCCCAUGCCCUGCAGCCAUCCAAGUCCUGAAGUAGUGAGGUGAGCAGAAAGGCACUGGCCCAAAGGACUUGGUCAAGGCAGAGCAAGCAACUGAAGGCCUGGAAAUCAGGUGAGGCCUCAAGUCACCCGAGGAGAGUGUCCAGGGCAGGGGGAGGCAAGAGCCCGGGGCAGUCCUGAGUGUUACAGAGCCUGCAGUGGAGCUCAAGGGAGCAUCCAUUGGAGAAAGGUCCCCAGAAGAAGUGUCACAAGGCCAAGGAGGAGAGGUAGUCAGCAGGCUCUGAUACAGCUCAGAGGUCCUGUGGGCUGCAUUCUGGAAAGUAGCACCUGAUUCUCAGAUGCCUGAUGAGCUGACCAGAGCAGUCUUGGUGGGAUAGAGGGAGCAGAAACUGGGGCAUGGUGGCAAGAAAGGGGAGAGAGCAGCGUGUGUGCACUGUGUCCCAGUGUUCAAUCGUGGAAGCUGAUGCAAGCAUCACUACAGAUGGUAAUGGGAGCUCCUCAUGGGGCCCAAGAGGUUUCUGGAAACUGGGAUGUGAUGAUGGGGUAGAGAAGCCUAGUGAGGCACCCUGUACCAAGGAUGGAGCACAGCAUGGGAAGAACCUCCUUUGAUGCCUCCACUCAACUCCCAAUUGUGCCAUGAGAACCAGGCAGACUGGCUGGCGAUUGGCAGGGGCAGGGUAUAAACAGUCUCAAUUUUGUCACCUAGGAACCCCUCUCUUUUUGGGGUUUUCUUGGGCAGAUUCCUAGGGUCAACAUCAAUUUCCCCAACAUAGCAGCUUUGUGAAGUAAGAAUAAGGCUCAUAUCCCAGCUCUUCCUCUUAUAAGCUGUGUGAAUUUGGGCAAGUUGCUUAAGCUCUUGUUUUCAGUUUCUGUAUCUGUACUGAGGCUAAUAGCACCUUCCUCAGGUGGUAUUCCUUCCACAGGUAAUUUCUAGGGGAAGAUUAAAUGAGAUAUCAUGUUUGACACAGGUACUCAAUAAAAAAGGAUAUUUGGGAGAGGCUGAAACUGAAUAAAUGAAAUACAAGUAGCCAUGUUCCUAAGACAUACAUUUAUGACACAGAUAAUCAUAUUUUGGGUCCCAAGGGAUAGGCAGUCCUUGGCGCUCAGCUUUUUAGCUUGUUUUCAUGGUCUGUUACCAUCUUACUUUCUGCCGUCCAGGUACUGUUUCCUCCUACUCUUAGCAGGCCAAGACUGAAGGAGAAUCAAAGGUUUGUGGCAUUCUCCCUCCCCACCCCAAUUUGAAUUUGCUCGCUUGGUUCCCAUUUUCUGUGCUACCCCACAGUGGGGAGCAGGAAUGGAGGCAGUACGGAGACUUGAGUCUCUGCUGGCUGAUCCUAGGAAACGUGCAAGGCCCCAGAGCCGACUGUGCCCUACCCAGCCUUGGAGCUGAAAGUGAACCAAGAGCACGUGUGCUCCACAGCUCCAGGUGCCCAACUGGGGCAGCUUCAGAGGAUGGAAUACCUUUACCCCUGUCAAGUAGGCCCAGGGCACCUAGAGAACAUGGGACCUGAGGGUGAGGGUUCCUCCUACCUUCCUGUGGGUAUUGUGAUCCAUGUAGUUCUCUCCAAUAUGUAUGUUGAGAAACAUGUCGUUCAUCCAGGCUUCUUUCAUCUUUACCACAUGUGCAAGCUGAGACUGGCACUGCUGCUCCCAGGGACAGAUGGCCGUUACUGCUGAGGUGCUCAAAGGGGUGGCCUGGGACGUUUGGCUUCCAUUCCUCUCCGGAAGCCUGGGGAGUUUGGGAGUGAGACCUGGACUCGUCUUGUUUAAAUAACUGGUGUCGGAGUAAAUAUAUGUCUGUCACUCUG